CUCACCCCUCACCCUCCCUCACCCACUCCCAGCACCACUAGCAGCCCCGCGAUGCUGUCAUAAAGAAUAAAUCCCCUCGCCUGACGAUCCUGAGGGGGGAGAGAGCUGUCGUCUUUUCUGAAUGGUGAUUGCGGCAGGCGGCGUUAAUUCGUGCGUACAGGCCCGUUUCCGACGCGCCCUCCUCCGCCACAUCUGCACGUUAUCGGCUCUUUCUGCCGCUGAGGACACUCGGGCAUCGUCAUAUGUUGUAGCUGAUGUGAUCCUGAGGUUUUCCAAGGGCAUCAGAGAGCAGUAAAGUGCGGCAGCGAUGUGCACGUCUGCCGGCUAGACGGAGCCACUGAAAGCGGAGAGCUCGAUCCAGCGCAGUUCGGGCUCCAAACACUCCUCCUGCUUCCAGCUCCUCACUCGGGUUCACCGCCUGGUUUUUUAGGAUGCGACGUCAUGAGGUGAUCGCGCCUGACAGAUGUUGCUGUGUUGCAGUUGCUCCAUCCUCCUCCUGCUCCUCCUCCUCCUCUUCUCUGCUCCUUCAGUGAUGCUUCAGUGAGAGGAAAUAACAAAACCGUGUGUGUGUGUGCUGCAUGUUCGGUCCUCGCCUCGUGCUCGGACACAUCGCAACGCUCCUUUCAGUCUUCGGGAUUGCAUAAGAUGAUACCUGGAUCUGCCGCAUCAAUGCUACCGUCUGCAGAAGCUGCGAAACUGUACCAGACCAAUUACGUCCGCAACUCCCGUGUAAUCGGACUUUUAUGGGCCAUCUUCACCAUCCUGUUCGGCAUCGUUAACGUGACCAUCUUCUCACAGCCCUAUUGGAUCGGGGAUGGCGUGGACACGCCGCAGGCCGGUUACUUCGGCCUUUUCCACUAUUGCAUCGGGGACGGACUCUCCAGAGAACUGGCCUGCCAGGGCAGCUUCACCGAGUUCUCCGCCAUCCCCUCCAGUGCGUUCAAAGCCGCCUCCUUCUUCAUUGGAAUGUCUAUGAUGCUGGUUGUCACCUGCAUCGGCUGCUUCAGUCUCUUCUUCCUCCUCAGCACCUCCACCGUGUACAAGAUCUGUGGCUGGAUGCAGGCAGCAUCAGGUGUGUGUCUGGUGCUGGGGUGUAUGAUCUACCCCGACGGCUGGGAUAGCGACGAGGUCCGGCGGAUGUGUGGAGAGCAGACAGACAAAUACAGCCUGGGCGCCUGCUCCGUGCGCUGGGCUUACAUCUUGGCUAUCAUGGGCAUCCUGGACGCCCUCAUCCUCUCCUUCCUGGCCUUCGUCCUCGGGAACCGGCAGGAUGGACUCAUGUCAGAGGAGCUGUUGGCUGAAAGCAAGGAGGGAGGGAAUGCCUAACCAAAUCUUUAGGUUCUUGAAUUUCCAUGUGUCUGUUUUCAUAAAGUACAAGUCCUUCAACAUCAGCUUACAGGAGGGAGGCAGUCGAGGUCUGUGGGGGAGAGAAAUACUACUGAACCAGCCAGCCUGCCGUUCACAUCUACCUGCCAACAGCCCAGUGUAACAUUUUCCAGUCCAUCCAUCCUCCCUGCAGCCCCUACAUCCUCCCCAGCACUUAGACGGAGCCCGAUGCACUUCUGUCCUCAUGUGUCUGACCCUUGCACAACACUGCAUAGACCAUGGCAGGGGCAGAGACUGUUUCUCUGAUGAGAAGUAUGCGGACUACCCACUACCUACCUGACAAGACACAGGGUUGACAUUGUACACUUGCAGUGCGAGCACAGAUAACACACACACACACACACUCACUCGCGCCAGCUCACUACACACAAACUUGUACACAAACAUUCACGUACUGAACAUUAAAAAAAAAACAUGAUUAAAUUCUGUAAUUACAAGUAUUAAACUAUGUUAACACUUAGCUGUGUGUGUCACCGUCAGAAUGCGUAUCAUGUUUUAUUUGUGCAAAGAAAAAAAAAGAAUCUUAUCAUUUUCAGAUAAUAUCUGGUUGAUGUAAAUCUAUUGUGUUUAAAGAUAUGAAAGUUUCCGUUUCCUCUGUUGCUCAUAUGCCCCUUUGUUCCCCUUAAUUUACUAGAAAAAAAAAGAUAUUUAAGACUGUUUUAUAAGAAUAUUAUCAUCCAAAAAGAGACUAAACUUGUAUAACAAAGUAUGUACAGUGAAUAUUUAAGAUGUUCUAGGAAUUUUACCUAAAACCAUUCAACGCCCUGCUAGCUAACUUUGCACAGCGCUUCAGUUUGAGAAGAAAUCUAUUUUCUAGUUUGUGUAUUUACACUGUGAUGGUGGCUAUUAGGACUGACUCCUGCAGGACUCUUAGCUGCCGUGUGAGUGUGACGUGCGCGUUUAGGGAGUGCGUGCAUGCACAUAGGCGAGUGUCGGCGUGAAUGCGUUGCGUGCAAUAGUCUGCCGGGCUCGUGAACGAAUAUCCCAGCCUCACACGCAAUCGUCCUGUUGUGUAGCUAAAUCUGUGCGUCUUUGUCUCUUUCUGUUUCUCUCUCUCUUUGACGCCCUUUCUCUCUUUGUUUCGUUGGGACAUACAGGGUAACACGAUGCAGUGGGAGUGGAAUGGAGAGUGACUGGUGUGCCUGAGUGAUACACUCAAGUGAUAAUGAAUCAGUAAGGCCUGUCCCAGCCUCACGUGUGGAUAUGUUCCCGUGUAAAUACAUCUUCUGUAGAUAUUCAUUAGCAAAUAUGGAGAAGGAAGUUAACUUACAACAAUUAAAGAGAUUCCUUUAAGAAUAUAUUAACACUUAAUAAAGGUUUUCACUGUAA